AUGAGUGUGACUGCCCGGUCCCUGGACUGCGUGAGUUACGGGGAGCCUUCGUCGUCCGUUGAACCUUCGUCCGUAGAGCCUUCCUCUGUCCUGCACACCAACAGCUGCUGCGAAGACCGCGGAACCGACGACCGCUACGGCUUCGGCCAAACCUCCGGCUGUGUCGUCAACUCUGCCGCGGCUCUUCGACAGUCCUCCAGUCGCUGCUGCUCGCCCGCCGCAGCCGCAGCCGACCGCGACUGCGCCGCCGCCGCCAUGCUGUGCGGCUCCGCCGCACUGGGCGUACUCGCCGCCAGAAAGGUCAGCAAGGCGCAGUGCUACCGCGCGGCCAAGUGCCAAGGCGAUCCCAGCCAUGGCACACGCGACAACGAUAGAGAGACGAACAACGAGGGGAAUAAGGAAAAGGAGGGGAACAAGGAGGGGAAGCUAUGCAACCGAAAGGCUGCGCGUUGCCAGCACUUUGGCCUCUGCGACACGGCCGGCGUGCCGUGUUGCGGGGGCGGUGUGUGUGUCGGACGUGUGUGCGAAGUCGGAGGCUGCGGAGGUGGUGACUGCGAAGCCGGCGGCUGCGAAACGGGACGGUCGCAGUGUAGGCGGCACCUGUCCGGCGACGUGUCGCAGGAUGUGGGGAAAGACGGGUCCUUCGACACGUGUUCGUGCGGCAAGGACAGCCGCAAGAAUACGGGCGAGCCGACGUGCGAGCGAGAGUCGGGAUGGGAGAGGGAUCCGCAUGCGUGUUGUCUGCCGUUGUUCCAGCGACCGAGUGCGCCUGCGAAUUUGCAGCGCGAGGAGCCGUCGGGUUGUUUGGCGAAGGGCGGUUCGCACACGCGUGUGCGAUUGCAUUCGCGCAUUCAUCCGCGAACAAUCGACCAGGCUGCGGAAGAGAUAAUUAGUCUGGCACGGCAGCUGGGCGAGGACUCGCGGCGCUUUCAAGUACCUCCGCCGGCGGAGAACUACUGCGACCGGACGACUUUGAACCUGCGCGAGAUUUUGAGCGAAGAAGUCAAGCGCCUGGAGAGCAAGCUAGAGCGGGCGGAAUGUCUAGAAAAAGAAGUGGAAAGGGGCCUCCAGGGUGACCGGUCGCUGCUGGAACGCGUGGAGGAAACUCUGGUGUUGCUUGCACGUGAGGAAUCGCGUCUCGAGUGGAAGGAGGAAGAAAUCAAACGACGACGCGAAGUCGUAGAAACUAUCUAUGCCACCCGCGGAAAAGAAUGCGUCAAACGUCUGCGACAAGAGGCUACACGGCUCCGAGCAAUUGUAGACGAACUGGAACAACGCGCUCUUGAGGAAGAACAACAGACGCAUACUUGCUCACCCGACCUCACCGGCAUCCAUGCCGCCAUCGAUAGCGAACGAGAACUCGUGGCCCGCACACUCACCAGACUUAAAGACGAGAAAGGCAAACAGGUCAUACGUGCGAGAGAAUUGCGUACACAAAUCUUUGAUGACCGCAGAAAGCUAGACCUGAUGCUGGAGAAACAUAUACAUUUGGUCCAAGAAAUUAACAGACUCAAAUCUAGAUACCGCUAA